UCUCUCCCCCUCCCUAAUCUAGAAUUCUCUAUAUAAGUAGACGGUUGCCUCCGAUUAGAAAUUCUCUUCAAGUCAAUCAAUUUAUAUUGUAAUUCUACAAUAAUCACAUAAGAGACGACUACUACUCGAAGAUCACAUCCAAUGGGUGAGAAAAAUGAGAAAAAGAAUAAAGGCGAGAAGAAGGCGGCCGACAGUGGUGGCGGAAAGAAAGACGACGGCUCCACCACCGUCGUGUUGAAGCUGGACUUGCAUUGCGAAGGCUGUGCGCAGAAAGUCAAGCGCUCCGUUCGUCAUUUUGAAGGUGUUGAGGACGUGAAAGCUGACUGGGAAAGCGGCAAACUGACAGUGACGGGGAAGGUGGAUCCCUCAUGGCUUCACGAGAGAGUUGAAUAUAAGACAAAGAAGAAGGCAGUGCUAGUUUCGCCCCAGCCAAAGAAGGAUGGCAAUGGUGGCGCCGGAGGUGACAAGAAGUCUCAAGAAAAAUCUGAAAAGAAAGUCGAAGAAAAGAAAACUGAGGAUAAAAAGCCGAAAGAGCCCGUGGAGAGUACGGUGUUUAUGAAGAUUAAACUGCAUUGUGACGGAUGCGCACGUAAGAUAAAGCGGACCAUAUCAAAAAAUAUUGAUGGGGUUAAAUCCGUAUCGACGGACUUACAAAAAGAUUUAGUAACAGUAAUUGGGACAAUGGAUGUGAAGCACCUCACGGCAUACUUGAAAGAGAAACUACAGAGGAGCAUAGAAAUUGUCCUUCCAAAGAAAGCUGAAGGAGGCGGAGACAAGAAGGGGAAAGAAGGCGAAGGUGAGAAGAAAGACGGUGCCAAAGCUGCCACUGGUGGUGGAGAAGGAAGCAAAAGUGAAGGGAAGAAGAUGGAGAUAAACAAAAUGGAGUUCCAUGGGUACAAUCCAGAAACACACUAUGCUGUGCCUAUGUACAACCAAAGUUAUGCACAUCAAGGCUAUGGUGUGCCGAUGUACCAGCCCCACCAAGAUUAUGCCUAUACUGGUCAUGUGGCGCAGUAUGCACCCGGGCCGCCGCCACCUCCGCUGCCGACUUAUUUGCACGACACCGAUCAAAUGUUCAGCGAUGAAAACCCUAAUGCUUGCUUCAUCAUGUGAAAAUGGCACAGCCUUGUCAUUUAGGUAGUAAGUUGAAAUACUGUACAAAAAGAAAAUAGGGUAAGAGGAAAAAACAGGCAAAGUAUAUAUUCUGGGAAGUACACAUAUAAUGAGAGCAGUUUGUUUUAGGACGGUUGUUGGAGUGGUUUAGUGUUUUCUUUGUAUGUUUUUAGUUAAAUCAAAUAUUCAAUUUUGUUUCA